AUGGCUUCUACCGAAGCUGAACCCCGCAGCACCAUUGUCAUUAACAACAAUACAGAUGCAGAGACGGACGCACCUCGAUCCCCGCCGCGAGAGCUACGGAGAAAGAGACGCCUUAUGGACAAUAGCCUCCAAGAAUAUGAGGUUCUUUCUGGCAAGCUCCCAUCAGAGCCGGACUUGCCCUUUGCUGAUAUUAGGAUAGGCGACAGCAAAACAAAAAUUCACACCGUAUUUGAAGCAGGGUCCGCGAAGAUCAGGGACCUACAAGAAGUGCAGCGCCUGAAGAAGUGGAACACCGAGCUAGAAAUCAAGCACUGUGCAGAGCUGAUUGGGAAAAACAAGGAGAUCUGCAAGCUUGAGGCUGAGGUCAGCGAGCUGGAGCAUCGGUGUCAAUGUCCAAUAUGCUAUACCAUCCUUCAGAGUGGAAAACCCGCCUGUGCGGACACAGGUUCUGCCCAGUGUGUCUCUUUCCUGACCCAGAGACCUGUGGACCAUGUUGUCGAGAUUUCACUGGCUAUAUAA